GCUUGAGAAAUUGCACAAGCCUGAAGAGACUUCGCUUGGAAAAAAAUGAUUUUGUUGGUGAUAUAUCAAAAGAUUUUGGCAUCUAUCCAUACCUCGAGUACUUAGAUCUCAGCCAAAACAAGUUUCAUGGUGAAAUCUCGUCUAACUGGGCAAAGUGUCCAAAAUUAGGCACCCUAAAGAUUGCAGCUAAUAAAAUUACUGGUAGCAUUCCAGCUGAGCUUGGAAACUUGACAAAACUCGGUAGACUUGAUCUUUCUUCAAAUCUUCUAGCCGGAGAGAUUCCAAAAGAACUUGAAAAGUUGAGUCUGCUAGAGGAGCUAAUUUUGAAUGGGAACAAACUUUCUGGUGGUAUACCUUUGGAAAUUGGAUACCUUUCAGACAUCACUCGUCUUGACUUAUCUGCUAACAAGUUGACCAAAUCAAUACCUGAAAGCCUGGGGAACUUGUUGCAAAUGUACAGCUUGAAUUUGAGCAACAACCAGUUUACCCAAGAAAUUCCACCUCAAUUGGGGAAGCUAAGUCAACUUACAGAGGUGGAUUUGAGUUAUAAUUUACUCAAAGGAAAGAUACCUUCUCAAAUAUGUGAUUUAGAGGUUUUGCAAAAGCUAAAUCUAUCCCACAAUAACCUUUCUGGACUCAUUCCAGGAGGAUUUCAAAAUAUGUUUGCCCUGUCUAGCAUUGACAUUUCCUACAAUGAGUUGGAGGGUCCAAUUCCAAAUUCCACAGCGUUUCAAAAUGCUUCCAUUGAAGCAUUACAAGGGAACAAAGAUUUGUGUGGUGAUGUUAUCGGAUUGCAACCUUGCAAAUCUUCCAAAGCUUUCGAAUCAGGGAAACAUGGAGUGAGCAAGGGUUUGUUGAUCUUCCUGGUAAUUUUGUUCCCUGUUUUAGCAGUGCUUGUUUUUUCAGUUGUGGUAAUCCAAAUUCUCAACAGUUCCUGGAGAAGGAAGGAAGACUCGGAAGAAGUAAAAAACAUUGAGAAUGAUGGAGACGUCUUUUCAAUUUCAAUUUUUGGAGGAAAAAGGAUGUAUGAAGAAAUUUUGAAAGGAACAAAUGAUUUUCAUUCUGAUUAUUGCAUUGGGAUAGGUGGUCAAGGAAGUGUUUAUAAAGCUGAACUAUCAGGGAACACUGUAGCAGUGAAGAAAAUUCACUCUGUGUCUACUGAUUAUAUAGUAGAUCAAAAAGAGUUCUUAAGUGAAAUACAAGCAUUAACAGUGAUAAGGCAUCGAAAUAUCGUGAAAUUUUUUGGCUUCUGUUUACAUUCUCGAUACUCAUUCUUGGUCUACAUGUAUCUCGAAAGGGGUAGUUUGGCCGCAAUCCUAAACAAUGAAAAAGAAGCAAUGGAACUAGAUUGGAGUAAGAGAGUGAAUGUCAUAAAAGGUGUAGCUCAUGCCUUGUCUUACCUGCAUCACGAUUGUUUCCCACCAAUCGUCCAUCGAGACAUAUCAAGCAAGAAUAUACUACUGGAUUUGGAAUAUGAAGCUCAUGUGUCGGACUUUGGAGCAGCUAAGCUUCUUAACCCAGACUCGUCCAAUUGGACUGAACUUGCUGGCACAUACGGAUACGUUGCCCCAGAGCUUGCUUACACAAUGAAGGUAACAGAGAAAUGCGAUGUCUAUAGCUUUGGAGUGUUGGUAAUGGAAGUAAUCCAAGGGAAGCAUCCAAGAGAUUUUCUCUCUCAAAUUUCAGGCUCAUCUGCCAACAUGAACAUAAAGCUUGAUGAUAUGUUGGAUCCAAGGCUUCCGUUUCCCUCCCUUGAAGUUCAAAACAAACUGAUUUCCAUAAAGGAGGUGGCCCUUUUAUGCUUAGAUGUAAAUCCAGAGUCUAGACCCACCAUGCAUAUUGUGGCUCAAGUACUGUGCAACUAAAUCAAUUCCUUGACAGUCAUCACACUACAUUACUUUCUACAAGAUGAAGCCAGUCACAUAUAGUUUCUUUUUUUUUUUUUUUUUC